AAAGUGCAAGCAACUCGAAUAGUCGUGAAUAUCAACAGAAACAUCGCACAAGCUUCGCCAAAUAUCGCAGAGGUCGCAUUGAGACUCGCAUUGCAUUCAAAACUACGCGAGAUUGUUAUAUGGCAUAUGGAGUCUGGUGAUCACAAAUUAUUCUCUAAUGUUUCUUUUUUCAUGAAGAACUUGUGUCAGUUGAAUCGAGUCGUGUGUAAAAUACCUUUGCAAUACUUAAUUUUCAAGAAGAAUUUCCAUACAUGUUAAGAACAUGUAGUAAAGGUGACCACGUGAAUCACACAAAUGUCGGAAAUAUUCAGGAACAUUCGGAAAUCGUCAAAGCUGCGAUCAUAUGAUCGCUAUCAGCAUUUCUCUCGAAUAAACAUUCAUUUUUUUUUUUAAAUUAACGCUGAUUAUGUUGAUAAGUCAUCGUCGCCGAUCUAUCGGGUCUAUCCCUGGAGCGCGUAGAUUGAACGAGAUUCCUCGGAAAUGGAAUCGCAAAGUAUUAUCUCGCAAAAUACUAUCUCGCGAGAUCCGGAGACCAAGGGAUUCGAUCUGUCGGCCGGAAACACUUGGAUAUACCCGGAAAAUUAUCCGGUUCGCCAGUACCAGUAUAACAUAGUUAAAUCUGCUUUGGAUCGCAAUACUAUGGUCUGCUUACCCACUGGUUUGGGAAAGACCUUCAUCGCCGCCGUUGUAAUGUACAAUUUCUGGAGAUGGUAUCCAUAUGGAAAGAUUAUCUUUCUAGCACCAACAAAGCCUUUAGUUGCCCAGCAGAUUGAGGCAUGCUAUGAAGUUAUGGGGAUUCCGAGCGCUGAUAUGAUAGAAUUGACAGGUGCUAUAACUCAGAAGAAUCGUGAUAUAGCUUGGCUUAAGAAGAGAAUAAUAUUUGCAACUCCUCAAGUGUUUCAUAAUGAUCUUGAAAGAUCAAUCAUUCCAAGUCAUUUAAUCAAAUGCAUCGUUGUGGAUGAAGCUCAUAAGGCUUUGGGCAAACAUUCGUAUUGUGAGUGUAUCAGAAUAUUAUCUGGGAAGAAUCAAUACUUUAGGGUAUUAGCGCUUUCCGCAACACCUGGAAAUAAAAUAGAUAAUGUUCAUGAAGUAAUACAGAAUUUAAAUAUCUCCCAUUUGGAAUUGAGAGAUGAGAACUCAAUAGACAUAAUACCGUAUAUAAAUAAAAGGAAGGUAGAUAUUAUUUUGGUACCGCUCAGUAAUGAAUUAGCUGCAUUCAAAGAAAGAUAUAUUACUAUCAUGGAUCGUCACGUCAAGUUUCUUAUGCAAUGUAAUGUAUUGCGAGGUCAUACUGCAAAUAUAUCUAAAGGAAGGAUAUUCCAUAUAUUAAAAGAUUUCAAAACGAAGACAGAUAAAUCUGGAAAUUAUGGACAAAUUAUAAAGACAUUGAAUAUAUUGUUCACUAUGUAUCACGCUUAUGAACUUAUGAUCAGGCAUGGAUUGCGUGCUUUCUGCAAAUUUUAUGAAACUCAUUCAGAUAAAAAAUUUUGGAUGCCCAAUGAAGACCGGUUACAAGAUUUACUUCAUGAUAUAGGAACUUAUCUCGGGCCGUUUCCAGAGUUGUAUCCUAAUGGAGAAGUAUCUGAGAUAUCAACAGAUAUCAUAUUUGGACACAAUAAAUUUUAUAAAUUGAAAGAGUUGCUUGAACAUCAUUUCAACAAUAGCAAUGACGAGCGAAAGGACACAAGAGCUAUAGUUUUCGUCGAAUACAGAGAGAUAGUCAAUGAGGUCUAUAUUUUGCUCUUGCAAUCAAAACCGACAAUUAGGCCACAGAUGUUUGUUGGCCAAGCUGGUCAGAAGCAGAAGCAACAAAUAAAAGCGUUGGAAGAUUUUCGAAGUAAUCGCGUGAAUGUGCUGAUUUCGACAAGUAUAGGUGAAGAAGGAUUGGAUGUCGGAGAAGUAGACCUGAUAAUAUGUUUUGAUGUAUCACAACACUCCCCGACACGAUUGGUUCAAAGAAUGGGUAGAACAGGACGCAAACGAGAUGGUCAUAUAAUUGUUCUUGUUACAGACGGAAAAGAACAUGAGAAUUUGAAGUCUACGCUUUCCAAAAGGGAUUCCUUGAACAAUAAAAUAUUAAAUACGAGCAACAUAUCUUCUUCCUUGUACAAUAAUAAUCCUAGAAUGAUACCAAAUCAAUUUACUCCGGAAUGUCAUAAGAUACAUAUUACAGUAUUACCAAAGACACCACUUGUAAAAGAUAAAAGGAAGAGGAAAAAUAUCAGUAAACUGAAUGACGCAUUCAGUAUGAAACAGAAAGAAAACUUAUCUAAAAAAGAAAUUCCAAAUCAAUCGUCAAUGAUGAAGUUUCUUGACGAUGGUAAAUGUAAUGAACAAAAUCGGGAUAACACAUGCAAUAUUCUCACUCAGUUAACAACGCAAAAAAACAAGUAUAAUAAUACGAUAAAUCCUAAUAAUGUUAAACUAUUAACUGACGACAACGCGGGAAUCGAUUUCUUGACAUUAUGCGCCCUAAAGAGAUCAGAGGAAGAGAUAUCUUCAGAAGUUGUGUCUCAAAUGGAUACGACUUACAUCCCCGCACCAAAAUCGAUUGAAAAUUUGUUCAGUUUUAUAGUGCCUAACAUAGAAAUUAUUAAUUGUUCUUUUUUAGAUAAUUUAACGGUAGAUAAUUUAACGCAAUGUAAAGAUGAAAAUAAUUCAUUAACACAAUGUAAAAACAAUGAAGAUGACAAUAUUCAUGAUAAUAAUGAUUACAUCAAUGUCGAUAACGAUAACUUUUGGGGCACUAUCCGAAAUGAGAGGAGUGUCAUUAAUAAUGAUGAAAUAAGAUUCGAAGAUAUACUUGAUGAGAGCUCUGAUUCAGAUGAAACAGCAAUUUCACAUCUAAACCAACAAAUCACAGAUAUGGAGAUAGAUACUGAACCUUUUACAUCUGACAUGAAUGAGGAUAAUAAAAUUAUAACUGACGUAAGAGCCGAAUUAUCAACUAAUACAUUAGAUGACCUGGAACCUUCUAUAUUUGAGGAUAUAUUAAAUGAGUCAUUCAGUUCAAUCGAAGAAGGUUUAGAAGAUAAGGAUGAUACGUCAUUGCAAAAUACGAUAUCACCGAAUCAUUUAAAUGUUUUCGCUAAAACUGUAGGAGAAAUCAACGCAACACAUAAAACUGAUAUAAACACUUUGCAUAAUAAAGAUAAUGUGUCUAAAACUAAUCAAAAUCUGUCAGCAUCUAUAAAAUUUACUAAACCUCUUCAAACGAAUAGAUUUGUUAGUAUUAUAGAUGAAAUGGAAGAUGUGGAUUUUAAUAGUGACGUUGAUCUAAACGAAUUUAUUAAGUACGAUUCUAAUAAAAAUGAUUCAAAAUGUCAGAAUAAGUCAAUACGUCAAAACAAAUUAAUGUGUAAUUCCAAAGCUGAAGAAAGUUUAUUAUCUAUAACACAAGCCAUUAGUGAAAUAGCACGAGUGAAAAAAAAAGUAGAAACAUCAAGGGGAUCUUCUGUAAGUAAAGAAAAAUCGAUUAACGAAGAUAGUAUUGACUGGAUUUCGGUCAAUAUUAAAAAUGAUAUUAAAGGUGGGAAAGGUGACACGAAUUCAAGGACAGAUAAUAUAUUAUCAAAUACUCAUUGCAAUUCUGCUGCUAAAUCACAUAAUGUUAAACAACCUUUCGAUUUCCUAGAUGAUUCCGAUGAAGAUAGUAUUGACUGGAUUUCGGUCAAUAUUAAAAAUGAUAUUAAAGGUGAGAAAGGUGACACGAAUUCGAGGACAGAUAAUAUAUUAUCAAAUACUCAUUGCAAUUCUGCUGCUAAAUCACAUAAUGUUAAACAACCUCUCGAUUUCCUAGAUGAUUUCGAUGAAGAUAGUAUUGACUGGAUUUCGGUCAAUAUUAAAAAUGAUAUUAAAGGUGGGAAAGGUGACACGAAUUCGAGGACAGAUAAUAUAUUACCAAAUACUCAUUGCAAUUCUGCUGCUAAAUCACAUAAUGUUAAACAACCUCUCGAUUUCCUAGAUGAUUCCGAUGAAGAUUUUUUGAUUACAGAAGUUAACGCUAAAAAAUUUAAUGAGCUUGAAAGCAGUUAUUUUCGUAAUUUAUCAAAAGAUUUCAAAGAUGAUAUUAUCUGCAUGCCCAGUACAUCGAAAAACUCAGGAAUUAUAAACGAUUAUUUUGAUAAUGAAUCGAAAAAUUUGAAUACUAAGGAUAAUUAUUCCGAUAAUACAUCGAGAAGUUUAAAACCGUGUGGCCAAUCAACGCCGAAACGUGAUAUACGAUCGAAAUUAUCUUUAAGACGAAAUAAGGCCCAACAAGGUUCGGAUACGACAGAAUUGAGUGUCUUCAAAAAGUCUAAUAAAUACGUCAACAAUGCAACGGACAAAAGCAUUUUUAAAUCUAAUUCUGCUAACUCUGAUGCGCAAAAGCAGAUGGCCCAACAAAGUUCGGAUACGAUAGAUUUGAGUGUUUUCAGAGCGCCUAAUAAAUACGUCAACAACGUAACGGAUAGAAAUAUUUUAAAAUCUGAUACGCGAAAACAGAGCUUUCCUUCAAAUGAAAAUCUCGCACAGAAAAAAAGCAAGCAUAAGUUCAAACGCGAGAACAUUGCCAAAAAUGAGUUUAUAGAUGAUGAAGUAAAAGUAGAUUCCGAUGUCAGUUCGGAUGAAGACGUCAUUACAGAUGACGAAGAUCUUAAGGAUUUCGUGAGCUAUACACAAUUUUCACAAGAUCAAGACGAUAUGCAUGCGCAUUAUCUGCGAACUAUCAAGAGCCCAAUAAAGAGACCAGGUGCUUUCCAUUUCAGGGAACCUCGGUCACCCGAUCCUGAUAUACAGAUCUAUUCGCAGUUGUCGCCACUAAAAGAAGAUUCGUAUGUUAAUGAUUCAUUUUGCGUUGCUGGAGAUGCUGAGCCAAGCACACUUGUCCAUAAUGAUUCGCUACUAGAUAAAAUGGAAAGGGAAUUGGAACAAAACAGACGGAAACGUCAUUGUACCAACAAGGAUACAAAACAUAUCAAAAAGAAAAAGACGAAUAUCUUAAAUUACUCUGUGAGCAGCGAAGAUGAGAUCGAACAGCUACGUAUACAAGUGCAGGACUGACUCAAGUGAAAAAAUUAAAAAUGUAAAAUCGAGCUGUGAUGAGUUAAUAAUAAGUUAUGAAGCGUAAUAAGAAAUUUAUUUUCAUAUGUACAGAAUGUGAAUACUCGUUAAUUGUCCAUAUGUAUUUUUAUAUAGCAAUGUAUUUGUAAUAAAAUUAUGUACAGAUUUAUCUUUAA